GGAAGAAGGUGACAAAAGCACUGAAACUGCAGAGGGAACAUGGUGAGAAACAUGCUUUUUCAUCUCCUACUACUCCGGUCACUUGGCAAUGACCUUUUCACAUCUGGCUUAAAGGAUGAUGGUGCAAAGGAACAAUCCUGGAGUAACCAGAACCUAUAUUCCGUCCCACUGGAUUUGGAUAUAAGGCUGCGAAAACUCGAUCUAUCCAAUAAUUUCAUCAGACAGUUGCACACACUUAAUGUGCUGUAUUUGGAGCAGCUGGACUUGAGCGGCAACCAGCUGGAGCUCAUCUCCGAAGGGGCGUUUAACAACCUGGCUCUGCUUGAGGAGCUGGAUUUGUCUGGAAAUGCCCUGAACAACAACCUUGACAGAAACAGCAAAAGCCUCCGAUCUCUUGGUCGACUGAAGAGUUUGGACAUAUCGCUGAACAAUCUGGGGGACGAGGCGGCGAAACUGUACCUACAAAACAAAUCUUCUCUUGAGAAACUCAGAAUGACUGGGAAUUCUUUAACAACACUUAAACGCAACUUGUUCAAAGAGAGUCAGAGUCUGAGGAGCAUCGCUAUUGAUGACAAUUUGAUAUCCGCAAUUGAUGCGGGGUCGUUUGAACUGCUCGCUAAACUAGAGAGCUUACAUUUGGCCAAGAAUAACCUUGCCCAUAUCUGUGAUUUUAAAUUACCACAAGUUAAGUAUUUAAACCUAAGUAGAAACUCGAUACAGUUCUUUGUUACCGCAGAAGAUAACCAAGUGUACAAUCUUGAAAUUAUCGAUCUAAGUCAUAACAAAUUACUUUAUUUCCCAAUUCUCCCCAAACUGAACCAACUGAAGUAUCUAUAUUUACAUCAUAACAUAAUUGGCACCCUAACUUCGGAGGCAUCAAUGGUAUCAGAGGUUAAUUCUCUUUACAAUGAUAUCGUAAAGAAGGGCAAUGUUAGAAUUACAAAGAAUUACCUUCACUCAAACUGGAGAUUGAUGCCAUUGAUCUAUAUUGACCUCAGCUAUAACCACUUUACAUGUUUCCCUCUGGAGACUUUGAGCCUUCUCUCUUCUUUGGAAGGACUAAAUUUCAGUUUUAACUGCCUGCAAGAACUCACAUGGAAUGUUCGGCAUGACAGUGAAUCCGGACACGACAGGGAACUCUACUUCCCCUCCUUAAAGUACCUGAACAUGCAAAGCAACGGACUGGAAUCGGUUUCACCGCUCUUUCUACAUGCACUCACACAAGUCGAGACAAUAAAUCUCCAAGACAACUCAGUGAAGCCUUGCGCUCCCGUGAGCCAGCUGCAGAGCUCGACAUCACAGCAGCAACCUAACUUUAACUCAUCAUGUGUAGCCUUUGGAAAAUUACGAACCCUCAAGUAUCUCAACCUUGAAGACAACGGCAUCAGGAUCCUUCAUGGAAACGCUUUCCAGAAAACCUCUUUGAUAUCACUCAACCUAGCAAGAAAUGUCCAUAUGGUCAUGCAAGUUGGUGCAUUGGAGGGCGUGCGGGAAACUUUACAGUCGUUGAUGUUGGGUGAAGUAAACAUGAACGCUUCUGAUUUGUUCCUACCUUGCCUACCGGCGCUUACACAUCUGAAUAUAUCCAACAACAAUCUAAAUGUCUUACCUCGCAGUUUAAGUUGCUCUCCUCUGAGGGAACUCAGCAUAAAGAAUAAUAACUUUCUGUCUUUAAACCAAUCAUUGAUUUUAGCAUUAUCAACACAUCUUGAUGCUGUAUACAUUAGUGGAAAUCCCUUUAACUGUUGUGACGCUCAUUGGCUAAGGAUCCUCAAUGAGUCGAGGAUCAAACUGCCAGACGUCAAUCAAAGCACAUGCUUUGCAUAUAACAACAGAAUUCAGAUUGGUGAGUAUUUGACAAGUUCUUCUCUUUAUUGUUCACCACACAUAAAUGAGAUUCACUUGGGAGAAAUGAUUAUCGUUGUUUUGUUUUUAGCUGUCAUGAUAACAGUGUUGAUUAUGUUCACCAGACAAUUGUGUUGCAUCAAAACGUCGUUUGUAGUAUGAAAUCCACUAGAAAAGCUGUAUCAAAGAUAUGCAUGGCGAUAAAAUUCAACUGACCUGAGUGCAAUAAAAAUGAUAUAUUUCUUAGCUACUCAACAGUUAAUUGAUCAUUUUAAAAUUAGCAUCAUAAUCUCUCCCUUCUGUUGUUUUCUAACUUGCUCAAAUUUUCACGGCUGCAUCUGUCCAGGACACUGGUGUAUGUGAGUGACAGGAAGAAAAGCUCUGACUUGCUUGGGGAAAAGUCAUUUUCCACCAAAUGCGGUUUACCUGUAUAGAUCUUAAUACCCCAAAUACAAGACAACUCAUGUCAAUUCGGAAUUUAAAGUUAAAUUACCAUACAAAAUGUAUUACCAGUGGUAGUUUAAUACAUGGCAUGGGUUCAUCAAAGCACCUGCUUAUUUCUUUUUCGAUGAAUGCCACCUAAAAAGAUGACAUUUUUCUUCUUGU